AUGAUUCAGCACCCAGAUCAGAGUUACAUUGAUCCUUUGGAAACCAGCUUGAAGGAGAAACCCGCGCAUUAUACACACGUUGAAGAGGAGCCUAAUGGAAAUCCUUGGUACUAUGUCAUGAAAAGAGCCGUCACUAAGAAAGUGGUUACAGAUUUCAUUAGGAAUAACUUGAUUUGCCGAUUCAGAGUACCGGAAUUGAUCAUUACUGAUAAUGGGUUCAAGAUUGUACAUCGCAACUCGACUGCAUAUCGUCCCCAAAUGAAUGAAGUUGUGGAGGCUGCGAACAAGAAUAUCAAGAAGAUAUUGAGAAAAAUCAUCGAAAAUGAUAGAUUAUGGCAUAAGAUGUUACCUUACGCCUUGCUAGGGUAUCGAACAAUGGUUCGAACCUCCAUUGGGGUAACUCCCUAUUUACUGGUUUACAGGAAUAAAGCUGUGAUACCUGCUGAGGUUGAAAUACCUUCCCUAAGGAUUAUUCAGGAAGCUGGACUGAGUAAUGAAGAAUGGGUCCGCGCUCGCUAUGAAUAA